GUACUUUACCCUACGAGAUUAAGAUAGUGAUUGCUGGGAACCACGAGCUGACUUUUGAUCAGGAGUUCAUGGCAGACUUGAUCAAGCAGGACUUCUACUACUUCCCCUCUGCCUCUAAGCUAAAGCCUGAGAACUAUGAAAAUGUGCAGUCCAUGCUCACCAACUGCAUCUACCUGCAGGACUCUGAUGUUACUGUGCGAGGCUUUCGCAUCUACGGCUCACCGUGGUCUAACUGCGCUGGAACCCAAGAAAUUCAACCCCUGCUGUUUACUGGCUCCACCGCCGCCCCUGUUCCCGCCGCCCCCCUCGCUGUGAUUAAUAAUCCUGAUCUGUGGAACAAUAAGGACACGGGGGAGGAUGGUGAUAAAUCGUGGUGCUCUACCCGCUGUGUGGGGGCACCGGGACCGGUCGGCCCUGCAGGACCUCAGGGUCCUCCAGGAUUACCAGGACCCAUGGGACCAAAGGGUGAAAAGGGAGAAAUUGGGCGACCCGGACAGAAGGGACGCACUGGCCCUCCUGGCCUCCCAGGGCGACAUGGACCAAAUGGACAUCCAGGACAAAGCGGGCCCAAAGGAGAGAAAGGAGACCCAGGACUGAUGGGUUUGCCUGGAGCAAGGGGACCAAUGGGAUCCAAGGGUUUGUCUGGAUACAAGGGAGAAAAGGGCUCACGGGGUGAUAUAGGUGACGUUGGCCAGAAGGGUGACAAGGGCACAAUGGGUCUGCCAGGAAUGCUCGGGCAGAAGGGUGAAAUGGGCCCAAAAGGAGAGCCAGGAGCCUCAGGGAGCAGGGGACCCACCGGCCGACCAGGAAAAAGAGGCAAACAGGGUCAGAAGGGAGAUAUUGGUCAUAUGGGACCAAUGGGACCUGCAGGCCCCCAGGGUAACCCUGGUCAUCCUGGUCCUCCUGGUUUACCAGCUUCAGGGCUUUACAUGGUGGGUUCCAAAGGAGAAAAGGGUGAACAGGGUAACCCGGGUCACUGCGACUGCAACUCUCUUACACGCAACCCAAAGUUUGACCACUCAUUCAGAAGCAACAGCUACCCCCGGGUACCAGCG